GUUUAUCUUCGCGCAGUGCCCUCAGUGCUCCACGCAGCUCCAGGCUCCAGUUAACCACUUUAACCGCUAAGAUAGACGGUUGGAGCAGACCCGGAGCACGGAGUACACGAUGGCUACGCCUCCGAAUCCCCAAGGAUUGUCCUACGGCGCGCCAAAGCCCACGACAGGACUCACCGGGCUGACCUUCGGCUCUCCGAACACCAUGAUACCCGGGACCGGCUUCGGCCUCGGCGGCGGAAGCGGCGUCACCGCAACGACGACGUCCAUAUCUACGGCGACGAGUCUGCCGAGCUUCACGAAUCUCACCAGCAGCGGGACGCCCAUGUCCGCGACGACGGGCCUCUCGUUCGACCCCACGAAAGCGGCCGUGACCCCGUCCACAGGAUUCCCCAUCGCGACAACCGCAGCGCCAGGUUUCGCGGGUUUUGGCGCAUCGAAACCCAUGGCGGGUACACCAGGAGCCACCGGCUUAACCUUUGGCACUCCAAACACCAUGGCUACUGGAACUGGGUUCGGUCUCGGUAGUACAAUUGCUGCUACAACGUCCGUACCGAGCGUUCCGAGCUUCAACCUUCCUAGCAGUACGCCAGCGACAUCCGCGACACCGGGACUAUCGUUUGACGCCUCGAAAACGGGUACCACUACACCCUCGACCACUGGAUUCUCUCUCGCGGCUACCACCACAGGAGGAUAUAGCUUCGGAACGUCGACGACCACCUCCGCUGGAUUCCCUCUGAGCAAAACGACCUCCGCCGCUGUUUCGACAAGCCUAGCAGCACCGUCUACUCACACUUCACUGGGCACCACCACCACCGUCAGCUCCGCGACCGGCGUUCAACCAGGGGCUAUUAAUUUCUGCCAGCUUGAAGAAUCGAUCAACAAGUGGACCUUGGAGUUGGAGGAGCAAGAGAAGGUGUUUGUGAAUCAAGCGACGCAGGUUAAUGCCUGGGACAAGUUGUUGAUAACGAACGGGGAGAAGAUAGUAACGCUGAAUCAGGAGGUUGAAAGAGUGAAGAUCGAGCAGCAGCAAUUGGAGCACGAGCUGGACUACGUUGUUGGACAACAGAAAGAGUUGCAGGAAUGUUUAGUACCAUUGGAAAAGGAGCUGGCGUCUCUCUCCGUCUCGGAUUCCGAUCGAGAUUACACCUAUCGUUUGUCAGAGAAUCUCGACACCCAGCUAAAACGCAUGUCGGAGGAUCUGAAGGAAAUAAUAGAGCACCUGAACGAAGCGAACCGCGCUCAGGACUCCAGCGAUCCUAUCGUUCAGAUCGGAAAAAUUCUGAACGCGCACAUGAACAGUCUGCAAUGGCUCGAUCAACAGACGGCCCUGUUGAAUCAGAAAAUACAACAGAUCGAUCAGAUGCAUCAGAGUUUCAGGCAAGAGAGCGAACAGAAUUUACAUUUAGCUUAUAAUUAGUUACUAUCAUAGUUGCUACUCAUUUUAUAUGUAUAAAUUUGUAAGGAUUAUUUUAGAAUUGGCGUACAGCUUAUUUAAUAGACAAGUUCAACCUGUA